UAGGAUAUAUAAGAUGGGAUCAGACAGGAGGAGAUCCCCUGACCGGGGUGGACGAGGUGGUCCCAUGAGAAACAACAGACGUAACGACAACCCUGGUGGACCCCGAAUGGUUCCCUACACUCCCAAGAGGAUCAAGGGUAGUCCCAAUAAGCGGUGUUAUGUCAACAACCUGCCUUACGAUCUCAAGUGGCAGCAGUUCAAAGACCACAUGAAAGAAGCUGGUAACGUUACAUUUGUGGAGUUGUUUGAAGACGAAGGUGGUAAGAGUAUGGGAUGUGGCCUGGUGGAGUACAGCACUCCCGAGGAAGCUAAGAAAGCUAUUGAGUCACUCAAUGAUUCCAAAGUCAACGGUCGCGAAGUCAAAGUUAAAGCUGACGAAGUAAGGUUCUACCCCAAAAUUCCUGACCCAAUUGGACCGCCUCCUCAAAUGGGUGGACAUGGACAUGGACACGGACACGGACAUGGUCCGAUGGGACCUGGGCCAAUGGGUCCCGGGCCAAUGCAUCCCAUGGAUAUGGGGCCUCCUCCUAUGCAACAACAAGCUGUCAGCAACGUCGUCUUCGUUAGCAACCUGGCCUACGAGAUCACACCCAAGUUCCUGCGAGACCAGUUCCGUGGAGCAGGCGAGAUACUGCGAGUAAAUCUGGAGCGAGACAAGGAAGGAAAGAGCAAAGGGUUCGGAACGGUCACGUACGCUUAUCCUGACAUGGCGCUCAGAUGUAUUGACAUGUUUAAUCAGAAGAGUAUCAAGGGACGCAGACUUAGUGUUCGACUGGACAAGUUGACUUCAGUCAGUGUACCGGGUCCUAUGGGACCAGGCCCUAUGGGUCCGGGUCCAAUGGGUCCAGGUCCUGGUCAUGGUCAUGGUCACCACAUGGGUCCAGGACCAAUGGGUCCAGGUCCUAUGGGUCCUGGACAUGGCCCAAUGGGUCCAUCCUCGAUGGGACCAGGCCCUAUGGGACCAGGUCCAAUGAACCAUGGCCAUGGUCACGGACCCAACCCUAUGGGACCGAGCCCAAUGGGAAGUUCACACCAAAUGGGUCCAGGACCAGUAGGUCACGGCUCGGGGAGUAUGGGACCCAGCAGUGGUUCAGGAGGUCCUGGACCUGUUGACCAGCCUAGUGGAUACGGACAGCAGUCUGGAGGUUACGGAGCUAGUCCUGCUGCUGGAUCUGACCAGCAGUCUAAACUACUACAGAGUAUUGGACUCGCAGCUAUCAGCUCCAUGCUAGGAGGCACAGCUAACCCUAUGUUAUCCAACUUGAUCAAUAGUGCGGGAGCUGCUGACGUCAGGGGUGGUUCCUCUAGUGCUCUAGAGAACCUUCUAGGAAGAGAUACCAUGGAAGGUCUGCUGAAGACGCAAAGUGUGGGAGGAUCAGCAGGUGGUGGUGGUGGAAGUGGUGGAACUAGCGGUGGUGGUGGAGGUGGUGGUUAUGGUGCUAGCUACUCUUCUAGCACCCCUUACGAGUCCUCUUCCCGAUCAGAACAUAAGGACUACUCCAGCAGUGGUCGGGAUCGUGAGGAGAGGAGAUCAGACCCGUACGGAGAGGCCAGGAGCUCUGGUAGACACAGUCCUGAUCGAUACAGCAACAAGUACCGAGAACAAGUCUCCUCUAAAAACCAGAUAUUUGUCAAAAACAUUCCCUUUAACAUUGGAACGCAACAACUCCGAGAUUACUUUAGACAUUGUGGUCACAUAGUUGAUUGCUCCAUUUUGAUGGAAAAGGAUGGUCGUAGCCGAGGGUGCGGCACUAUUAGAUUUGAAAGUGCAAGCGAUUGCGAGCGUGCAGUCAAUAUGUUCCACAGAUCCCAUCUACAAGGUCGAGAGAUCGAGGUCAGGCUUGACAUUUAGAUCUAGAUAGCAUCUAGAUAGUAUCCCGGAGAUCUUACACAAUACCCCCUACAUCUGGUAUCUUGUGGCAUCUUAUAUAUAUCCUCAAUCCUCAUCUGACGAUCUAUUUAUCAUAUACCUACCGAACAGUUCCGUAAAUUAAUCUUAUCUGAUAAGACUUGAAUCACAUAACUUUAUUGUUGCCGGACUGCUGUAACCAGUGUUUGAUGUUGUUUUACACGUUCCCCGCUGACACCUGUUUUUUUUCAUGAUCUUUAAAUCAUUAUUAUGUUUAAAAAGCUGAGUAUGUACAUAAUAUUUGUCAUGAGUUGGUCUCAUUAUUAUUAUAAGUACAAUUCUAUCAUUGCUGUACACUGAAGAUGUUAGAAUCUAGAUUCGUCUUCAUUUUUCUAUGUUAGAUAUGGUACAUUAGUUAACAUGACCGAUGAUGCAGUUGCGUUUUGAACGAAGUUGAGAAUUUUGAAGGAGUAACUCAAAACGUGUGUAUUGCUAUGAAAUUAAUAUUAUAUUGUAACAUUUAUUUUAUCUACGUUUAUAGUUAACAGUUAACUAAUCUAAAAUGUAUAACAUUCUUCACUAUUUUAAUAAUUCAUCCAUUUA